GUAAAAUUCAAACCGUAAACGAUGCGAUGAUCAUCUUUGAGGCCUGCCGUAAAGGAAUUCUUCAGAGAACUACGCGUCGUUUAUUAGAAAAAGAAAAAGAGGAGCUACGAAGUGGUCAAGUAUAUGUCUUCGACGAACACGAGUCGGGAAUUAAAAGAUGGACUGACGGACGACUUUGGUCGCCGAGUCGAAUAAUUAAAGAUUUUUUAGUAUACCGUGAAUUGGCUACCCGUGACCGAAGCGUAAAGCGAGAUGAGCCAAUAGAUGAGAUUUUACAAAGAAGAGUACAAGCAGAAGGACUAAAAGUUCAUCAGUGUAGUAAAGGAACUUUUAUCCUUCGUAAUAAUGGCCUUUUGAAAAAAACAAUAUCUAUAAAAUUUAAUG